CUCCCGAUUGGUCAAGUUUAACCUUGUGACAUGAAUAAUAGUCCCCCUCCCCUCGCCACUCGAGUGGCUCAUAGAGAUUGUGGACGAUGCAAAACAUUAAAAAAUUAAACAGAAGCGGACUGCACACCUUUUAUCGACGAUUAAAAAUGAGAGCACAUGAUUCAACAAGUAUUCACUCGAGUAAUACUGCUGAUGUGUACGAUAUACCAAUGAACGUAUUGAUACGGCCGAUACCACCUGAAGUGAACGAAACCAAGGUCAAAGGCCUGAUGGAGACGAUUCAAGAUCCCGAGACUGUCGACCUGGUACCACCGAUCGAUGUCCUGUGGAUUACUGGACGAGAAGGUGGAGAUUACUAUUACUCCUUCGGUGGUUGCCACCGAUAUACUGCUCACAAACGUCUCGGAAGGCCCACGAUAAAGGCGAAACUCAUAAAAUCGACAAUUACCGAUUUACAAACGUACCUGGGAAGCUCAACUCCUGAUUUAAAAUGAAUCCUGCGUUGACAAUUUGGCAUUUACAAGUUGUGCACAAUUUGUUUUAUUUUGUAAUAAAUUCAUUUGUUAUUA